AUGACACCAAGCCACUUCAGGGCUCUUCCCGGCUCGGAAGUAAAUAAUGUGUAUCCCGGAGGAUCGGAGGAUCAUCGAAACGACGACUUUCGUCCAGGACUCCAUCGUUUUUUCGUUGGACAGACAGAGAGUCGAAUCAUGCAGAUCUUUGUAAAGACCCUCACGGGCAAGACCAUCACCCUCGAGGUCGAGUCCUCUGACACUAUCGACAAUGUCAAGGCCAAGAUCCAGGACAAGGAAGGCAUCCCCCCUGACCAGCAACGCCUGAUCUUUGCCGGCAAGCAGCUCGAAGAUGGCAGGACCUUGAGCGACUACAACAUCCAGAAGGAGUCCACCUUGCACCUGGUGCUUCGUCUCCGUGGUGGUGCCAAGAAGCGCAAAAAGAAGACCUACAACACCCCCAAGAAGAUCAAGCACAAGCGCAAAAAGGUCAAGAUGGCCAUCUUGAAGUACUACAAGGUCGACUCGGAUGGCAAGAUCAAGCGUUUGAGGAGAGAGUGCCCUAACUCCGAGUGCGGUGCUGGUAUCUUCAUGGCUUUCCACUCUGACCGCCAGUACUGCGGCAAGUGCGGCUUGACCUACACUUUCGCCCCUGGUACCAAGCUCCCUACUGCUUGA